CGGGUUGUCUGACCAACAUGGCUACUUUGCAGAAUGGGGUGGCGGAACACAAACACCCGGCGAGUUGCAGCCCCAACUGCGGUCCGGCAAAAGAGCAGGACGCAAUAAAGCUAUUUAUUGGUCAAAUUCCACGCAAUCUUGACGAAAAGGAUCUAAGACCUUUGUUCGAACAGUUCGGCAGAAUCUACGAGCUGACGGUCUUGAAGGACAAGUACACGGGCAUGCAUAAAGGGUGUGCCUUUCUCACCUAUUGUGCCAGAGACAGCGCCCUGAAGGCCCAGUCCGCCCUACACGAGCAGAAGACUCUUCCCGGGGUGAGUGCAGAAAUUAUGUUUAACCAAAAAAAGCACCAAUUGUUGGUUGAUGGCCACAAAAAGACUUUUUUAUCAACCAAAAAAAAUUCUUCAGAUUUUUUUUCUUCAGAUGCUACUGCUGCUUCAAUGAAACGGAGAACUGCGAUAAAUGUUUUAGCUUGUUUUCUUAGUUUCCUUUUUUUAUUUUACUUUUACGUUAAGAAGUAAAGGAUGAAUUUAAAGUGAGUCAA